UUCAGAUAAAUGUAGUGCAGUAAAAAGUACAAUAUUUCCCAAUGUAAUAGUGCACAAGUAUAAAGUUGCAUAAAAUUGAUAUCUACACAACAGGUGCCACAAAUUUAAAGUACUUCACGAAAUGUAGACUUAUACUUAGCUGCAUUAUAGUUCUGACCUAAAGUGUGCUGUAUGUAGCCUAUACUGGAGGACAGAUGUGCUUUUGCAGCUGGGACUGUCCGCGGUGCUGAUGUUGCAGGGAGGGGCGUGACGUCACGAGCGAGACCGGGAGGGAGAGGCGAACGGGGGGAAGGAGAAGGAACAGAGGAGAGAACGGGGGGAUGACUGCCUCCAAGGGAAAAAACACAACCAAAAAAAUAACCAUGACUCCUGUAAUUCAUUCUGCGUCUUUUAUAAAUCACAGUGGUCGCUCUAUUUACCUACACAAUAUGCUGCAAUAAAUGACGAGCCGCCCCGAUUAAGUGUAAGCUGGCUUGAGUGAGAUGUCAUCUCCAGGCAUGGGUACCCCCAGUGACCCUCUCUUGGCUAGUCCUGGAGGGAGGUUAUCCACAGCUCAGGAAGGUAGUCUCUGGAGAAGCUCACUCCCCAAAACAGCCAGCUUCCCAACGUCCACCACUCGGCACCUUAGUCACAGAGCCAACAACUUUCAAAGACAGCCAAAGCGCCGGAAGCUGAUAAGACCUUCACCGCCUCCCCCGCCCAACACACCUUGUCCUCUGGACCAGUUGGACCUCACUGAGCUUCCCCCGAGACGUACCUUCCCGGAGCUACUCUUCAAUGGCUGCAUCCUCUUUGGUAUAGAGUUUAGCUAUGCCAUGGAAACAGCUUAUGUGACUCCUGUGCUUCUACAGAUGGGUCUGCCUGAUCAAUUCUAUAGCUUGGUGUGGUUUAUUAGCCCCAUACUGGGAUUUCUCGUUCAGCCGCUCAUAGGAGCAUGGAGUGACCGUUGUACAUCCCGGUUUGGGCGAAGAAGACCUUUCAUUUUUGCCUUGGCUAUUGGGGCUUUGGUUGGUCUAACGCUGGUGCUGAAUGGACGGGACAUCGGAGGUGUACUGGCUGACACAGCGUCAAAUCACAAGUGGGGAAUUGUCCUGACAGUGUGUGGCGUGGUUCUGAUGGACUUUAGCGCUGAUUCAGCUGACAACCCAAGCCAUGCCUACAUGAUGGAUGUGUGUAGCCCAGAGGACCAGGAUAGAGGGUUGAAUAUCCAUGCACUCCUGGCAGGACUAGGAGGUGGAUUCGGUUACAUUGUAGGUGGCAUUAACUGGGACCAGACACAGUUUGGAAGGUCGAUGGGAGGUCAGCUGAGGGUCAUAUACCUGUUUACGAGUGUCACAUUGGUGAUCGCCACAGCCAUGACUCUGAUGAGUAUCCCCGAACGGCCCCUACCAAAGAGCCAGCCAAACAAAAACUCAAGCAAAAACCAUCUGAAGAGCCCGAUCCUCCCACUUCCCCCCUCUCCUCCUGUUCCUCCAGGGUCAGCUCUGGGACUGGAUGAGGAAGACAGGGAAGGUCUUUACAGCUACAAGUCUCACCCAUGUAAUCCUGACCCUCUGGCCCAUUCCUGCAGUGCCAAUGCACGCCUCUGUGCUGGUCUCACUAGUCCCAUAUCACCCCUGAGCCCCCUCACUCCAAAAUAUGGUAGCUUCAUAAGUAGGGACAGUUCUCUCACAGGCAUCAAUGAGUUUGCCUCCUCUUUAGGAACCUCCUACAUAGACAGUGUGCUCAUAGAGUGCUACACAGGUCAACAGACGCCACAGGCUCUGGCCCCCAUCUCCACCACUGCACCCCUGCCUCCAGGGGACUUCCUUCUUCCUGACGAGUUGAUGCAGGAAGCAGGGAGCCAUCCUGCAGGACAGAUCCAGCCUGAUGUGGUGCCUCAUCCAGCUGGGGAAGCUCAGAAUACAGACGUGCCCCAGCCUGAGGGAGAUGCACUGUGUAAUGAAGCAUCUCAAGUCACAGCUGGGGCUCAGCCUGGUGCUGGGUCACACCGGGGCUCCAGUGCCGGUAUCCUGAAGCGACCCCAAAGUCUUGCGCUGAUGGAGGAGACCAUGGCAACCCAGAUCAUUGGGCUAGAGAAUGGGCGGAGGAGAACAGUGACCUUCAGCCAGCAGGUAGCAAACAUUUUGCUAAAUGGAGUUCGCUAUGAGAGUGACCUGAGCGAGAACGUGGACACAGGAGAAUCCCAAAUGUCAAUGAAGCUGCUGUGUAUAGCCAUCUACAGGAUGCCUCCCUCGCUGCGGAGUUUAUGCACUAAUCAUUUUUUGGGCUGGCUGUCAUUCGAGGGCAUGCUGCUCUUCUACACUGACUUCAUGGGGGAGGUUGUGUAUGAAGGAGACCCCAAAGCAUCCCACGACUCUGAGGCUUACCAACGCUACAAUGCUGGUGUUAGCAUGGGCUGCUGGGGCAUGUGCAUCUAUGCAUUCAGUGCUGCUUUCUACUCAGCCAUACUGGAGAAACUGGAGGAGCGUUUCUCUCUUCGCACUCUAUAUUUUUUUGCCUACCUGGCGUUUGGUUUGGGCACAGGCCUUGCCACGCUGUCCACCAACCUCUAUGUGGUACUUUCUCUCUGUGUCACCUACGGGGUGCUCUUCUCCUCUCUAUGCACACUGCCUUACUCUCUUCUUUGUGAAUACUACCAGAGCCCUCAGUUCUGUGGCUCAUCAGAGGAAGGGACCAGACGAGGAAUGGGAGUGGACAUCUCUCUGCUCAGCUGCCAGUAUUUCCUGGCUCAGAUCCUGGUCUCUGUGGCAAUGGGACCUCUGACCUCACUAGUGGGUGGGGCCCAGGGAGUGAUGUACUUUGCAAGCCUGAUGUCAUUCGUGGGCUGCCUGUACUCCUCUCUCUGCGUGGUGUACCAGCUGCCCGCCCCUGAGGGUGAGCCCCCCGAUAGCGAGACCCAGCCACUGUUGGUGCACAUUUAGAAAAGCCUUUUAAUUUACUUUACCUCACACACACACACACACACACACUCAACGGCACACGCUCUUACACUGUUGCUUAGUGUCUGAGUGCGUUGACCUUCACAACACUGAUAGGACAAACGCAGUACAUGCUGCCACACACUGUACAGCACAGUUCCAUAUAUUGUUCUACUGCUCCUCUCAGAGGUAGACAGACAGAGAGACAUUGGCCACUGCUCUAAUAUGUGUAUACAUGACCAGUGUGUUCACAUGCAUUUUCCCCCUAACUUUUGCAAACAAGUGUGUGACCUUUUUCAAUGCAGUGUGGGACAAACUGAUUUGUGUGUGUGUGUGUAUGAGAGAGAGAGAGAUUGUGUGUGUGAGCUCUUUGAUUAUAGAUGUCUGAUUCUUUGCUAUAAAAUCUUGCAUCAUCUUUUCAUGCUUGCUGGUAUUUAGUAUAGAAAUGUUAAUCACAAAAGUUAACCACAGCUUUACCCUCUUUUUUGUCCUUUUAUCAGUUGCCUAAUGUCUGCAUGAGCUGCAACAUAACUUCCCAAAGCCUUGUGUUAAUGUUUUAUUUUAGUUAUAUGGCCAAGGGAAUGUCUACCUGCCUGUUUCUCUGAGUUAGCACAUUAGUAUCACAGCUUAGGCAGGAUUUUUUGGACUAAAUGAAUGUGCUGCCAGUGACCUCUCACUCUCACCUUUAAUCCUUCUUUAUUAAUUCAAAAGAUCUUUUGUCAUAAUUUAGCAAACAUACUUAAUAUUCAUGUUAAACUGAUCAGCGCUUAAUCACAUCACACAUUUUUAUUAUGAGACCACCUCCCAGUUUGGUGCUAGGUGGCUCUGUUCAAGUCCCAUUUUUUAAAUUUUUUAGAUGACACGUAUAGUCAUGCACACACAUUCAAAAACACAGUGUACUGGUGGCAAAUUCUCUCUGGGCGCUCACUAAGCCACAGGCAGCCCUGUGAGCUGUCACCCUACUCCUGGCCAUGGCAUUGUAGUAAUGACAGUGAUUCUUGUCAUUAUCAGGAAGAGGAGAAGUUGAAACUGGGGUGUGAAUCAGCACUCAGGGGGAAACCGAACAAAACAGAAGAACAGAGAGAAGACUCGUGAGCUAUGGGUCACCUUGAAGGUGGACAACAGUGAAAGAAAAGACUGUGGGGGGGGUUCAUAGCACCUGCAGCAAGCACUUAUUGUCAUCUUUAGGGCGCAUGCUUAAGAUAGUAGGCUUCUGCUCCACCACUCAGCUCAGCACAGUGAUGACUUUACAUCAGUUAACCAAGUUCCUCACAGGAAGUAUCAACAUUCAUUCCUUCUUCCAUCCUAAAGAAGCCAUCAUCAGAAAAAUGGUACAUGUUUUACAUCUGUUUCACCCUGGCAGAGAGUGUUACCUGUUCAGCUUCAACACAGGCCCCAGCCUGACUUCAACAUGAACUUUAGUAGAACCUGUUUUAAGCCUUUCAUUGUGAUGGUUUUCAUUGGCUGGCUCACACACUUGUGCCAGUGUGUGACAUUAUGAUGCCAGUCAUAAUUGCUGUCUCAGAGGAAUGUCAAUAAUUGCCUACUAUUAAAGCCUUCUGGACUGGCUGGAUGCACACCAUGCUAACGUUUCUAAGGAAACAGUAAUUUUGUGGCUCAUGCUGUUGCAACUUGCUUGAGAAAAAAAAAAGGUUUUACCAUCUAUUGUUCAAUAUUAUCAACUUUACUGUAAAAACUACUUUUAUUCAGGGUUCAGUUAAAACUAUAAAGUGACCAUUUUCAAUUUCGUACUUCUGUGUCAAUUACUGUUGUGAUUUUAUCACUGAAUUGCAACUUACCAUAUCCGGCGGACUUGAGCAGUGAUCUGCAGUGUUAAAGCACACCACAAGGGGGAGCCAGAACACGCAGGACAGCAGUCCGUUGAUUCUGGCCAACCUUUUCCAUUACUAAGUGAGAGAUUAUUCCUGCUCCUUACUGCAUCUGAGACAGCCAUUUUCCAUGUUAACUAAAAUUGGGUCAAGUGACAUCAUCUUAUAAAGCCAUGGUUUUAAAAAGCAUUUAACUAUAGCAGGUAACAUAUACACAAAAUAGUUAUACUUAAGUAAAAAGAAUUUAUUUGUUAAUCAGAAUAUACAAAGCAGUGGCUGAUGUAACCCAAUGUCAUUCUGGUUCUGAAAAAGGCAGUUUGGACAAAACUGGCUACCCAGCCAUAACAUAUCAUUUAAAACAUAAGAAAAACCAAGUAUAAAUGGUACAAACCUGCGUGGAAUGCAUACAGAACAAAUGACCAAAGCUCUAAGAUUUAAGAGGGGUUAACUAACAUAGCAAAAUCCUGCAUCCAUAAAACAGGGUCAAGUCUUAUCACAGAGGCGCAAGACGGAGCCUUUUCAUUCACUUACACCAUCUGUUAUGUUAACAGGGCAGCCAAGCUGAGGAUUUACUAGCAGCUCAACACAAAAAGAUGCCUCAAAUAAAAAUGCUAACAACUGUCCAUUAGCCCCUGCUUAAAACUUAUCUUUGGUCCUUUAUGUGAAUCUGAGAGGUCAACAUGAGCCUUGGAGAAGUUGAGCAGCUGCCUGUAUGUAUGAAUCAUCUGGUCAGCACUGACUGAAUAGAGAUUGUGCUUCUAACAUAGUGAUAUAAAACUUCAAGAAAUAAAAAAAAACUGAUCUCACCCUGUGGCCCAGUUUGUACAAGUAGAAAAAAGCUCACUGUAAAGACCAAUAAAUAAGAUUUCAAAG